AUGGUUGAAAUCUCUAGCUCCACAACGAUCAAUGGCUCCGGCAUCGACUUCCACGAGUUUGCAAUCUCGGACAAUGACACCGCCCUCGCUACCGUCUACGUCACCGAAGAAUACGACCUCUCCAGUUACAGUGUCAACACCACCGACGGCACUACUGGUUGGAUCAUGGGAGGUGCUUUCCAGGAAAUCGACAUUGCUACUGGGGAACCCGUCUUCACUUGGAAGUCCUUGGACCACGUCUCUCCCUCCGAGUGCUACACAACGCCUGGAACUACUGGAGUUUCUAGCGACUCUCCUUGGGACUACUUUCACAUCAACUCCAUCGAGAAAGAUGUCUCCGGCAACUAUCUGAUCUCCUCCCGCCACUGCCACGCCAUCUACCAAAUCUCUCCCGAGGACGGCUCCAUCCUCUGGACCAUUAACGGUCAAAACUCGUCCUUUACCAUGGGUACCAACACCACUUUCGAAUGGCAGCACGACGCUCGUUGGAGAAACAACUAUACGCAGAUCAGUGUCUUUGACAAUGCGGCGACGUCUUGGGAGUCGGACGAGGACAUGGCGAGGGGCUUGCUCCUGGAGGUGGAUCAGAGUGGCAUGACGGUGGAGCUAGUGCAAGAAUUCUUGCCCUGGAACGAGACUGUAUCGUCCAGCCAGGGCAGUAUUCAAGAGCAAGGCAAUGGGAACUAUCUCCUCGGCUGGGGACAAAACCCAUUCUUUUCGGAAUACUCGUCCGACGGUACUCUUCUCUCUUCUAUUCAAUUCGGCGUGGGAAAUGUCCAAGGCUACCGUGCCCUUCGAUACAACUGGACCGCCUACCCCACUACCUCCCCCGACAUCGCCAUCGAGUCUUCAGACAACUCGUCCAGCGCGUAUGCCGUCUACACAUCCUGGAACGGUGCCACCGAAGUCUCCCAAUGGGCGCUCUACGGUAUCACCUCUUUAUCCAACGCCACCUCGCCCACCAAGCUUGAUGAGCAGGACAAGACCACAUUCGAGUCGUCAUUCAAUGUCACUGAGGAUGUGGCUUCGUCUUACCCUUGGGUACAAACACAGGCGAUCAGCUCCAAUGGAACCGUAUUGGGCUCGUCGGUGUAUGUGGCCCUUAGUAAUGGAACAGAGUCGACUGUAGGCAACACUACCACCUCUGUUGGUAGCCCCAACACUACCGCUGCUACCUCUUCUGCGGCGAGUGCUACGAGCAGCAGUGCUGGGGCCAGCUCAAGUGGGGCUGAGAGAGUCGAGGUGGGGCUGGGAAUCGCGGGGUUGGCGAUGCUGGCAGUCACCGUGAUUCUGUGA